AUGCAUAGGAUUGACACUAACAUAGAGGUUGAUCUACCAAUCACUAAUUCUUCGACCAAGACUAUGUUUGUGGUAAACCGGAAGGGUGAAGAUGAACCAGUUAGUUUUGAUCAAAUUUUGCAUCGUAUCCAAAAGCUAUGCUAUGGCCUUCAUCCAAUAGUUGAUCCCCCUAGAGUGACUAAGAAUGUCAUCAAUGGGAUGUACUCAGGUAUACCAACAUCUCAACUUGACGAGCUUGCCGCACAAACUUGUGCUUACAUGGCGGCAAAUCAUCCGGAUUUCUCAAAAUUGGCUGCCAGAAUCAUCAUUGACAAUCUUCAUAAGAAUACUUUUGACAACAUUGAGUCUGUUGCCAAUCUACUUUACAAUUUCAAGGAUUCUAAUGGCAAUCAUUCCCCGCUGUUGAAUGAUAAAGUGUACAAGUUUAUCAUUCAGCAUAAGGAUAGGAUAAACAAGGAAAUAGAUUAUGAUAUGGAUUUUCAGUACGAUUAUUUUGGAUUUAAAACACUAGAGAGAUCCUACCUAUUACGUGUAAAUGGGAAGAUUGCUGAAAGGCCUCAGCAUCUUCUCGUCAGAGUUGCUUGCGGUAUACACUCCAAUGAUAUUGAUCGUGCCAUGGAGACUUACAAUUACAUGUCCAAGAAAUUAUUUAUCCACGCCACUCCCACACUCUUCAACUCUGGAACUAAAUUUCCUCAAAUGUCUAGCUGCUUCCUUCUUGAUAUUAAGGAUGAUUCUAUUUCUGGUAUUUUUGACACCCUUACCCAAUGUGCACUCAUUAGUAAGACAGCAGGAGGGAUAGGUUUAGCAAUACACAAAAUACGUGCCUCCAGUUCAUACAUUCGCGGCACAAAUGGGCAUUCCAAUGGGAUUAUACCUAUGCUCAGAAUAUUCAAUGAUACUGCUCGUUAUGUUGAUCAGGGAGGGGGAAAAAGAAAAGGUUCAUUUGCCAUCUACCUAGAGCCAUGGCAUGCUGAUAUUUUUGAAUUCCUAGAUCUACGAAAAAACCAUGGUUCAGAGGAGUCAAGGGCUAGGGACUUGUUCUAUGCAUUGUGGAUCCCAGACCUUUUCAUGAAAAGGGUUGAAGCUAAUGAAAACUGGACUUUGAUGUGCCCAGAUGAGUGUAGAGGACUAGAUCAGGUUUGGGGAGAGGAAUUUGAAAAAUUAUACACUAGUUAUGAGUCGAAAGGCAUGGGUCGCAAAACAGUUCCCGCGCAAACCCUUUGGUUUGCUAUCUUACAAUCGCAAAUUGAAACAGGAACUCCUUACAUGUUAUACAAGGACGCUUGUAAUUACAAGUCAAAUCAGAAGAACAUAGGUACUAUUAAGUCUAGCAACUUAUGCUGCGAGAUUGUGCAAUAUACAUCUCCUAAUGAAGUUGCAGUGUGUAACCUCGCUUCACUAGCAUUGCCAAAGUAUGUAAACACUAAAACUCUCGAAUUUGACUUUAAGUUAUUACAUUCUGCUUGCAAGAUACUUACUUUCAAUUUGAAUAGAAUUAUAGACGAGAAUUAUUACCCUGUUCCUGAGGCUGAAUAUUCUAACAAGAGACAUAGGCCAAUAGGUGUAGGAGUUCAGGGAUUAGCUGAUACUUUCAUGCUUAUGCGCUAUCCUUUUGAAUCUCAGGAGGCCCGUGAAUUGAAUGUCAGAAUUUUUGAAACAAUUUACCAUGGAUGUCUCGAGGAAUCCGUGGAACUUGCUAAGAAAUAUGGCCCUUAUGAAACAUUUGAGGGAUCACCGGCUUCACAAGGAUUACUCCAAUUCGAUCUGUGGAAUAGAAAGGUUGACGACAAUUUUUACAAUUGGACAGAGAUGAAGAAGGAUAUCAUGAAAUAUGGCCUUAGAAAUUCACUUUUAGUUGCUCCUAUGCCUACUGCUUCUACGUCACAGAUACUAGGAAACAGCGAAUCUUUUGAACCUUACACUUGCAAUAUUUAUUAUCGUCGCGUCCUUUCUGGCGAAUUUUUCGUUGUAAAUCCCCAUUUAUUGAAUGAUUUGGUUCAAUUGGAUCUCUGGAAUGACCAAAUGAAACAAAAAUUAAUUGCAUAUAAUGGAAGUUUACAAAACAUCGAUGAAAUACCACAAGAGCUAAAGAAUCUGUACAAAACCGUAUGGGAGAUCAAACAGAAGGCGAUAAUUGACAUGGCAGCCGAUCGCGGCGCCUUCAUUGACCAGUCUCAAUCGCUGAACAUUUACAUGGAACAGCCUACAUAUGCCAAGUUGUCUAGUAUGCACUUUUAUGGCUGGAAGAAAGGACUAAAAACUGGAGUAUAUUAUUUGCGCACCCAACCCGCUGCCGAUGCCAUCAAGUUUACAGUAGAUAACCAAAUCGUAGCGCUGACAAAGAAUUUCACCCUAAACAAGUCACAAUCAAAUGUAGGUGCUAAGUCAGAUUCGCUUAACUCUCCCAUUAAAAUUGAGGCGAAUAGAUGUCAGCUUUCUGCUGAUGAUGGUUCAUGUUUAAUGUGUUCAGGCUAA